GGCGGCAUUCUAUUAGUACAUUUCUUCAUUUUUUCUUUUACAUUUCUCAGAUGUUGGCGGUCGAAGCUGAGAACAACAUCCAGGAUGUAAUUAACGCCGCCUGUAAAAAAGCACUGAAAAGAAAAAGGCCAAGCCCAGGGAAAUGGCAAUCACUUGACAACAGACUUGUCGACUGUUACAUUGAGUCAUAUGAAGGCGCUCCACGGGAUAAGAGAUUUUGCCAUGGGGUGAAUUUGUUAGAAAAAGUUGUCCUCCAAGAUAAUCUCUCAACACUUGUGGUCAAUCUUUAUUCAAAUCAUGAAGGGUAUUCCUUGAUGCUUAAGGGAAAAAAUGGAACUGAAUCAGAGACAGUCAAGCUCCCAUAUGAGGAGUCAGAGUUUCUGGAUUAUCUGGAUACACAAGAGCUUCCACCCAUUCUUAUUGAUGUACUGGAGAAAUCUCAUGUCAAUCUGUUCUAUAGUGGUUGUGUUGUGGUUGAAGUAAGAGAUUACAGACAGACAGUCUCUUCAUCCAGCUAUGAAAGCAGCUAUGUCCUUCUUAAACCAACAUUUCAGACUUUAGUAAGUGAUGUGAAUGCGCUGAUGUCCGAUUCUAACUGGACUCAAGAUGAUAAGCUUGCUCUUGAGGCUCAACUAUUAUUGGCCACAGAAGGGCCUCUUUGUCUUGAUCCUUCACCCCAAGUAAGCUUGGUUACCAACCAGCUACAGUUCAACCAGAAGAAGUUUAACUCCCAUGCACUUAGAAGUGGUCUAAAGAACUACAGCCAGGCAUUCCAYAAGAGGACAGCUAUCACGUCUACCAACCCAUCGCCACAAAACCUAAAACUAAUAGACUUCCUAAGCCAUUACAAGAAACCACAACCACCAGUUAAUCUACGACUUGCCAAGACACCUCAGACAACAGAUACAUGGCGACAAAAACCUUUAUCUCUCACUGUGCCCUCUAGACUAGAUGUUGAUUUGUAUGCUAAAAUGAUUGAACGUCCAAAACUGAGCAAUGACAAUGUUCCAGAGAAGGUGCAAGAGAUAACUCUUGAAGGUGAAAAGACUAACAACAGAAACUACUAUUGUAAAGUGACAAUACAAAGAAGACCGACUGACUUGCAGUACUUAGGAGAACUUUAUCUAGAAGAAGAUAUGUCAAAUAAUGGAAAUAAUACAUCAAAUAGUAGUGAGAAAGGAAGUGGAAGAGCAUGUCAGUUCUUCUUGGGAAGUAAACUCAAUGCUCAAAAAUAUCUUCAGCAGUUUAAAGAUUUAUACACUGAGGAGGGACGUAAAUCUGUCAAAAUUUGCAACUAUAUACCAAGUCAGCAAACAGUCCAGAGCUCAGCGCACCACAGURCUACAGCCAAUCAAAAUCCACCACAGGGAACCCAGAAUGCAUUUCAUGUAGACUCCAAUUCUAGUGAAAACACUGAAGCAGAAGCUAAUACUAGUGGUUCUAAUGCACCUUUGCAAACUACAGCAACAUCAGUAGCAUCUACUAGUUCUAAUCUCUCUUCUCUUCAAACGUAUGGCCAGAAAUUAGCUGCAUUCCAACAGCAGCAACAACAACAGCAGCACCUACAACAGCAGCUGCAGCAAAGUUCAGCUAGUGUAUCUCAGACAAUGAACACUCCAGUAACCACUAAAACUACUCCAACAUCCAGCAAAAAAGGAUCUACUGGCAAGAGYUCAGCUAACAUUUCUAGCMACACAAAAGCACAGCAUUCAUCUACUUCAAGACGGCAUUCACAGGCUACUGAUAACAGUGUUCAACAGGCRGCRGCUACACCUGGCGGCCAGUAUACWGGAGURAUGGGCACUUAUAUACAGCCUGUUGGAAAUGGUGGGGUCAAUGUCACCAUCCCAUCUGGUGUGACUGUUGCAGUAGCUAGYGGUACUCCCAUUGUAUCAGUCAAUAACAGUAUGUCAUCAAUAGCACCUGGAAAUUUACCUGGACAGUUUAUAACUACUGGUAUCAAAGGACAACCAAUCCAACCAGCACCACCAACUCCAUUGACUUUAUUACAGGGAACCACUCUGCAGCAACAACAAAGUCAGCUCGCUCAACCAAGACAAGUGACAACAACUUUUACACUCCCAGUCCCAAUAUCACAAAUAGCAUCAGUUGGAGGUGUGGCUACUAUAAAUGCACAGCUUCAAGCCAAAACAUCUCCUCAGACMACCCUGGCAGGGCAGCCAACACCAAUUCUACCAAAUACUCCCAUAUCCCCACCAUCAGGUCUAGCUGCAGUUGCAAUCAAURCAAGACCAAUAUUGCCACAACAUCCACAAGGGCAGCAACAAAGRAAGAUAUCUGGUGCYAGAGCUUUAGGUAAAAUAUGACUGUUG